AAGCCUGAAUAAACCACAAUGACAAUAUACUCAUUCUUUAUAUUUGACCGUCACUGCAAUUGCAUCUAUAAUCGAGAAUUCACACAAACAAGCGCGGCAGGUGUAAACAAUGGAUUAAUCAACAAAAACAACACCUCACACUCAUCCAAACUUCUCUUUGGGAUAAUAUACUCGCUCAAAUCACUAUCUGCCAAACUCAUAUCCGAGAACGAAUUGACAUCAUUCACAUUAGGACAACUGUUUAGAUUCCAUUUUUGGGAAAGCGUUACAUCGUAUAAAUUUGUGGUUGUCACGGGAUAUGAUGUUGAUGAUAUGCAACAAGUACUUGUGAGAUUGCACCAAUACUUUGUCGAUUGCGUGGCUCUGAAUGGAUUGACGCCAGUUGAGUUCAAAUGGAGUGCUAAUGGCGAGAAAUUAGACAAUGUGGGGUAUUCUGUCAUAUGUAAUAAUAGUUUUGUUGAAGAAACUGAUCAAUAUUUACAAUCAUUACUGAUCUAUUAGAGGAGAAAAGGGAGCGUGAAAAAGGGAGAACCUAGUAAUGACAACUCAGCAUUACGUUAGUAAUAUCCACUAGUUGAUGGUUUCUUGGAAUAACAUUUUAGUUAAACGAAACGCUGUUUGGGUAAAUGGCUACAUAUAGCUUAACUUACAUAUAAGAUAUAUGCUUCAUACUACUUAGAGUUACAACAUUUCAAUAUCAAGGUAGAGAGUUUUACCCGUGCUAUUUACAUAUAUAGAAAGAUUCUUCAAUGUAAUGCACUAUUAUUAUCUCAGCAUGCUGUAUUAUUUGUCUAACAACUGUAAAUAAAUCGUUUCAUAUCUAACAUAACAGUCCAAAGUUCUAUGUUGUAAGCUGGCCAAAACUUACAACCACCAAAACUGUAUAACCUUCUUUGUAACAGAGUUUU